GGCACUCGAUUGAUGGAGGGUUUUCACACGGAACAAAACACGGAAUAUAAAAUCUAGAAUUUUCAGCGCUGGAAUUAUUUGAAAGUAAGAAUGCCGAUUCCGAUGAACACUUUCAAUCAUAUGAGGAUGAGGUCAAUAAUCAAAACCAUGCCCCUCGACGAGAGACACUGACUUGCUGACCUAAGUCACGUUUGAAAGUUUACAUUUUUUCCCGAAGAGAUCUUCUGCGAUUAAAGCUUUCGAUAAUUGGUGUUUCGAGAUUCUAGCUGAGGCCUUCCCAAGCGGACCUUACAAAAUGGCCGACCUAACGCUGGAUGAAAUAGCUGCCCAGAUCAUGAAGCAGGAUACGCACUCGAGGCUUCAGGCGUCGCAUGAUUUUCAGAUGCACUUAUCGGAUGAGAGUAACCCGUUGGUGUGCGAAAGCUUCGACAGGCUGGUGGAUGGUCUUGUAGGAUGGGUCAACUGCAGUAACUUCAAGGUUUCUCUUUGUGGCUUGGAGUGUCUCACAUGUCUUGUUGACAGAAUGGAGGAAAGAUUUAAAUCGCACAUCGGAUCAGUACUACCGGCUGUCGUGGAUAGACUAGGAGAUGGCAAAGACCAAGUGCGAGAACAAGCUCAGGCGCUUAUUCAGAAGAUGAUGUGUCCAGCGGCAGCCCCCCAGUACGUCUUUGAGAGGCUGAUGAAAGGUUUCUCCCAUAAAGGCUGGAGAGUACGGGAGGAAAUAUUACUGUGUCUCAUGCAGACAAUUAAUGUGUUUGGUGCUGGUACACUCUCACUGAAUAAAAUAGUGCCGUCAAUUUGCAAGUUGCUGGGCGACCCCAAUAGUCAGGUCCGAGACACAGCUAUUAAUACAUUAGUGGAGAUCUACAGACACGUCGGAGAGAAAGUACGGAUUGAUUUAGGAAAGAAGGGAAUUCCCUCAUCAAGAUUAUCUAUUAUUUAUGCCAAGUUUGACGAUGUUCAUCGGGCGGGUCAAAUGCUGGUUGUAACGCCAGAGGCUCAAAAGCCAUCUUCUGGAGGAGAUGAACCCGAUAGUAAAACCUCCUUCUGGAACAGCAAAAUGAAAAGUGCUGUCACUAAAGCCUCUGCUGUUACUAGCUUUGCUGAGGACACAUUGUAUGAAAAUGAAGAGGCGGGACAAAAGUCUUACAGCAAGAGAGCGACAAGCACGCUGGGAAGAAAGACACCGAGUUCCAGUAGAGCUUCCUCCGCAAGUCCAGCAGGCUCUGUCGAUGAAGACAGUUUCUUCAGUGCGUUUGAGGAAGUACCUACCCAAACAAUUUACAACAACAGAGGACUGGAGGAUGAUCUGAAUAAAAUCACCGAGAUACUGAAGGAUGAGAAAAUUGAUUGGGAAAUCAGAACCAAUACUCUCAAGAAAGUGAGAAGUCUAUUCAUAGCCGGAGCACCUAACCAUGACUGCUUCUUGCCUUGCCUACGCUCCAUGGAGGAGGCUUUUAUAUUCUCAGUUAAAGACCUCAGAUCUCAGGUUGUGAGGGAAGCCUGCAUCACAUUGGCAUUUCUUGCCGUAAAACUUGGUCGUCAGUUUGACCACGUAGCCGAGAUGGUGCUGCCCUCAUUGUUUCAGUUAUUACAGAACAGUGCCAAGGUCAUGGCAACGUCCGGUAGUGUUUGUCUUAGUAUUAUAUUGAAGUAUAAUCAUUCAUCGAGGCUUAUACCCAUCUUCAAAACCAACAUCACAUCUAAGUCAGUCGCAAUUAGGAGACAAAGCUGUCAGUUUUUGUCGAACGUCUUAACUGAUUGGGAGACCCAUCCUUUGGAGAAACACGUCAACACCUUAUCAGAGUGUCUGAGGAAGGGCAUCGAGGACCCGGACAGUGACACCAGAGUGGUUGCAAGAAAGGCCUUCUGGAAGUUCUCAGAGCAUUUCCGAUCGCAUGCUGACAAGCUGUUUCAGUCCCUCGAUCCUUCCAAGCAGAAAGCCGUACAGGGAGAAAUGAGUUCUGCUUCCAGCUCGGGAUCGCUCAGCUCAAAGUCUUUGUCAAGGGCGUCGAGCUCAGGCUCACAAGAGAAUGUUAAUUCAACAACUUUACCUAGAAGAUCAAUUUAUGCCAGUAGAUCAACAAGAAGGAAAACAACUGAAAUUGAUGGCUCCAAAAACUCAACCCUGGGUCAACGGUCAAGCAGCGAGGUCAACCUGGCAGCGGCGUCAAGGUCACGGUCUCGUUACGCGUCCAACACGAGCGCUGCGGGCAUGGCGGCCCGUUUGCCCCGAUCCAAGUCGACAUCUAGGGAAAAUUUGCUGGGAUCAGGAGGAAGAAAACGAGCUGCGACAACACCAGGUCGCAGUGCAAUUCCAACACCCAAUGGUAGGACAGGAAGAACCAAGAGCAGGAUCGGAGUGUCUCAGUCCCAACCCGGGAGUAGAACAAAUAGCCGAUCCAGCUCCCCAUCCACACUACGGUUACCCAACUUGGGCGUGAAUGGGAGUGCAGCGAGUGCAGCGCGGAGGAGAAAUAAGAGCGGGAUACCAGUGCCUCGAAGCCAAGGAGCCAGUAGGGAGGCCAGCCCAAGCAGAUACCAGUUUGCAUCGAGGGACCGACGUCUCAGUAAUUCCUCCAAUCAGGCGCAGCGUGAGGCUAACCAUAAAGGCAACAUCUUGACCCAGAGGGUCCUCGAGCCCGGUCAAGAUGCGGAGACUGCCCUCGCCUUAGCUCUGGAGGAUGAAAUUCUAGCCCUAGGCGGAGACAGCGACUUGCUGGACAUUGACCAUGAGCUCGUUGCCUCGAUCGAAAACGAGCUGUUUUUGCGCAAAGUACAGUCCCAGCAGGCCAAAGCUACGCGGAGACGCUGGGAUAGCUACUCAGAUGACGAGAGUGAAACGUCAAGUGUCUGCUCUGUGGGAUCCUUCGGCUCAGGCAGGGAUCGGGCACUAGAGGAUGUGUCUGAAGUUCUGAAUAAGAUGGCGAGUCCAGGAUGGUCGGAGAGGAAAGAAGGUCUGAUAGGGAUGCAGAAUGUAUUACAGAGUUCAAGACCUCUCAGCCGGGCGGAAUUAAAGAGAGCGCAGGACAUCUUUACAAGAAUGUUUGCAGACGCACAUAGCAAAGUAUUCAGCCUUUUUCUAGAAACCGUUGUUGAAUUUGUCAUCGUUCACAAAUCGGAACUCUCUGAUUGGUUGUUUAUCCUGAUGACACGCCUCCUACUAAAGAUGGGUGCUGACCUCUUGGGGUCAGUGCUGCAUAAGGUUCAAAGGGCCUUAGAUGUUGUCAGGGAGGCAUUUCCAUACGACCACCAGUUUAAGAUCCUAACAAGAUUCAUCGUGGAUCAGACACAAACGCCAAAUAAUAAGGUGAAAGUAGCUUUACUGCGAUACAUAGAGAACCUGUCUGAGCUCAUGGAUCCAUCUCAAUUUACCAACUCAAGCGAGACUCGACUGGCAGUCUCCAGAAUUAUCAGCUGGACUAAAGAAGCCAAGAAUCCGGACGUCAGAAAGGCUUCACAGUCAGUUUUGAUUUCGCUGUUUGAGCUCAACACGCCUGAGUUCAGUUCAAUGCUGUCUGUGCUACCCAAGACAUUCCAGGACGGUGCCACCAAGCUCUUACAUAAUCACCUUCGCAACGCUACGGUCAAUGAAAACGAGAGUAUAGCCGUGGACCUCCAGCGUAAGGCCUCGCCGCGAUCACCCUACAAAGCUUCCCCUCGCUCCACGGACUCCUCCCCACGGGGCAGCUAUGCCAGCAACGGACCCCCGGAGUUCGACACGGAGAACAUGAACUCAGAGGACAUCUACGACUCGCUGCGGCGCACGACGGCCGAGAUACAGAGCUUCACGUACAGCAGCCGCGACGACCUGGAUGCCUUCAUGAAGGAGGGACACCGUGUGGACAGUGAUGAGGUAUCAGCCGAUAGCGGAAUCACAAGUUCCAUGACGGAUGUUAGGGUGGAUAGUCCCCAGGGCAAGGUGAAGGCAUAUCCUGAGUUUUCGCCGGCUCGUAACGGUUCCGUCUUUAUCCAUGCAUACCAGCAGCAGCAGCAGCAGCAGCAGAGCAUUGCCAAAACACCCCCAGCCACUACACCAUCCCCUUCUUCCGUUACACACAACUCCUAUAAUCCAUCCAUCUACCAGGAUAAUGGUAUAUCAGAUACUAGACUGACAGUCACUGACGGUGCGUAUGAUGAUGACAUACUGGCUGAAGGUGACCAUGUGGACAUCCUAGUUCCUCUGCUAACAGAAUUAUCAAAUCACAAUCAAAGGUUUGAGGAGAGACGGACAGCCAUGAUGCAGCUCAUCAAGUUGACUAGAUCCGAGAGUGUUGCGAUGUGGGACAACCACUUCAAGACUGUAUUACUCCUUAUGCUGGAAACACUGGGUGAUGUGGAGGCUUCUAUUAGAGCAAUGGCCCUGCGCGUGUUGAGAGAGAUCUUACGGAACCAGCCUGAUAGAUUCAAGGACUAUGCUGAGCUGACGAUACUGAAGAUACUGGAAGCUCACAAAGAUGCCCAGUCAGAGGUGGUACGGGCAGCUGAGGAGACUUCAGCCACUCUAGCGCACUCCAUUGCCCCAGAGCAGUGUGUCCGAGUAUUAUGUCCUAUCAUACAGACAGCAGACUAUCCAAUCAAUCAGGCUGCAAUCAAGAUGCUUACCAAGGUUCUGGAGCUUAUGCCGGGAAUGGAGCUGGAAGAAAUCGUUUCAGAGGUGGUUCCAGUUUUACUGAAGUCCUACGACCAUAAUGAGAGUAGUGUACGUAAAGCCAGCGUCUUCUGUCUAGUUGCUAUACACACAGUCAUCGGUGAGAGAUUGAAGGACCAUCUGGGUAGUCUGUCUGGCAGUAAGACCAAGCUUUUGAAUCUGUACAUAAAGCGAGCGCAGUCCGAGAAACAGACCAGUGUGCCGUCGCCUAACUCUCCAUCUGCCUUGUCUAGCGGGAGUAGAUAGUUACGUCAUGACAGACUCGGACUUCUUCAUUUCUACACUGAGACGGGGAGUGCAUCGUCAUGGAAAAUAAACAGGUCAGGAUGAUAUCUCUGAGUUUUUUCAUCUGAGUGGGAGAGGACGGAUUCUUAAAGAGGGACUAAAUUCACGGUCGUAAAUUUUUGCAUCAAGUGGGAGCAGUCAGGGAGUGUACCAGUGUGCCGUCACCUAGCUCUCUAUGUCUGCAUUUGGUUGUGAGAGUUAAUAGCUACCGGAAGACGGACAACAUUUGUGGGUUAACUGAAUCUGCAAGAAGUAUUAUAAGGUCAGACUUUGAAGCAAUAGAGAGAGAGUUGUUACAAGUGUCACAUAGUAUAAACCACAAUGGAAACUGACUGGUGAUCCCCGGCUGCCGCUUCCCAGGUUGUAUAGUACAUUAACUUGGGUGUGAUCCCUGACUACACGUCGGUUAACGGGUGAAUGGCUUCUGACUGGCUUCCCUGAUUCUGAAGAAAGUUCCCUGAAACUUAAGACCAAUCUUUCCAUGUUCUGAUGAACAAAUUUGUAAAUGUCCCUGUUGUAGAAACCUCCUUAUUAUGAUCUCCGUGAUUGUUGUACUGAAUCACCCUGAUUGAAUGAUACAAAUGUAGGCAGCUCCUGCUAAUCUACAUGUAUUGUUAACCCCCACUCACAAAUGGGAAACUUGGCCAAAACAAAACUGCUCAACAAAGAGUUUAUAAGAGCGAAAUAAAUUAUAAAUAGAAUUGCAAAGACAUUAAAUAAAUUAUUUAUCCUAUGAGGAGGUUUCGACUAAUGGUAUUUAACGUUCUGGACGUAUGGCGAAGAAAUUUAAAACGAGAUUUCAAAAUGGCAGCAUCGUUUAUUGCAGACGACACUGUCUCCUUGUAAAUGAAUGUUUGAUCAAACAUUGUAUAUAAACUGACAUCUCAAAUUGAAGUAAACUUCUUGCUUCUCGCUAACUGUAAGCAAAAUGCAAAGAAUUGGUGCUUACGGAUGUAAGAAUACCAAACUUGCGUCAAGCGUAUUUCACAGGUUAGCAGGGGACUUUUGCCUGUGCGCUUGUCCACUCCUUGUUACUAGGCAUUCUUCGCUUACACAGCUAGCGGAGCAAUUCGGUGCUUGCACAGUAAGCGGAGAAUGGUAAUCGUAUGUGCAUAAUUCGGCGGUAAGCAGAAGUGUGAAAUUGUGCCCAGUUCAUUGAUCAAUUUUUAUCAAUUAAGUGAAUUGAAUUAACACUAUUGGUUAUUGUAAUAUGUACAAAAAGUUGGUGUCAAAGCGUAAUAGUCUUAAAGUUGCCCAAAAAAGUACAAAAUAAAUUCCAAUGAAAUUGAGAAUCAGAUUUAUUCUGUAAGAAAACAUAUACCCUUUCAAGCUACACUCAAACCUCCAUUAAAAUAUUGACAAUCAGAGUAAUACAUGCAACUGUUUAAAAGUAAAACGGUAAAAAACCUGACUGUUUUAAAGUUAAAAAGGCCAAAAUAUCCUACUGUUUUUCAGUGAAGCGACAAAAAAAUACCUAACUACUGGUCAUUUCGCCUUUGCUACUAUGCAGCUGUGUCUAUUUAUACUUUGUGUGUUUGUUGUCUCAUUUUAUAUAUUUGGUCAAUUAACCAGUUACCAUAGGAGGUGUCUAGCCAUAUUUUGAUGGUGACAAUCUGUGCUUUAAUUCCAUGUGAAGAAGGAAACCCUGUACUGUUAAAAAGUGGUUUUUUCUUUGUGUGUUUUUAUGACAUGUAGUUUACAUCCUAAGGGAUUGUGAAGGGUGUAAUUUUAGACCUUGUUUAGAGUCUGAGGGACCUGUCACAUCAGGCAACUUUUAUAGGCAACUUGGAGGCAACCAACUUCAGUGCAGGCUACAAGAUCACUUUAAUAGCACAUGAAUAACUUUACAAGCGGUGUCUUACCAUCCCUAUUAAAGAUAUGUGAAAAAUCAUAUGAAAAUGCUCCUUCUUGGAGAUUGCCGGGAACAGGUUGCCUGUAAAUUGCCUCGUAUGACAUGGGCCUUUGAUUGCCUUUAUUUCGCUGCAUCAGCCACGCAAAACGCCAAGUCCUGUACAAAAUAGAUUACAACAUUGUUACCUGCAAAUACAGAGCAGCCUUCGAAAUUCGUACAUUCUGAGAACAAUUUGGCACAUUAAAUUGUAAAGUUAAGACCAUGGCACAUUAGCUUGCGAAGGAUAUUCAUGUGAACUACACGGCCAUUCAGUGUGUACCGGAUGUUCACUAGCUUAGGUUCACAUAUUUUGAGCCACAAAGUACAUGUAGUUCAUGAGUUACAGCUCAAUGAAUGUUAUUUUUCAUUUGAGGGAAACUGCCCAUCAAUAUUUGGGUUAGUCGUUGUACUCUUCCUGAAUAAACCUACCACUAAGUACCACUAGAAGAACAACUCUCCCUGAUUCUGCAGAAAGUUCCCUGAAAAUAACCAAAUAUUUCCAUGUUCUGAUAAACCAAUUUGAAAAUCUCCUGGCUUGUGAAGACUUUUUCCCUAUUAUGUCGACUCAUUUUCCCUGAUUUUUUUUGUACAAAAUCUCCUCGAUUGCUAGAUGCAAAUGUCGGCAGCUCUGCAUCAAAAUUAUCAAAACUAUUCGGCAGAUGUAUUUUACUAUUUAGUAUUUAAGUCAAAAACACAACUUCUUAUUUGACUAUCAGGGUAACGCCUGGCCAUCCUAUCCAAGGCUUCUAAAACUGGUACAAAUUGCAUUAUAUGGUAAACAGGGUGUUUUGUUUUAUAUUUCUGUUUAUUUUUUAAUUUCCACCAGGACUGUUUCUGUGUUGGCAAAUCUUUCUUGUUGAAUAAUUUAAUUUGCUCCGCGGCUCGGCCAAAGUUUCAUUUUAGAGUAAAUCAGAUUGUUUUUAAAUAUAACUUUUUGAUUAUUAUUAUGAAUCGCAGAGAGUAUUACAUGUAGUAAGAGCUAUUUGUACAUUUUUCGUGUUUAGAUUGUGGUUGCAAUCAAAAUAAUUGGGGGGGGGGAGGGGGGGGGGGGGUAAAAAGUGAUUGAUUGGACAGGGGCAGCUUUAUGUUCAUGUGUUGUCUUUCAAUGUGAGCAAGCGUUUAUAUAUUAAGAGGUGAUCGUUAAAUGUUUUAUAUAAACCUUCAGAGUAAAUCUUGUAAAUAAGUACAUGUCAUUAUUGCCCACUUGAAAAUGGUUUUUGUGGCUUUUUUGUUUUAUAUAAUUGGACAGAGGAUGAAGGAUGAUAAGAGUUGUAAUUUAUAUGUUUUAUUUCCUGUACAAAUUUAGGUGUUUUUUUUAUGUUUGGUGUCGCCCAUCUCCCUAAAGGCCAUCAGAGCGGGUUUGUUGAUCAGGAUUCUGGAGUUAAUUUGUUCUUGUACAGUUGUAAGGAUCUUCCAUUAACAGCGAUAGCUGCGCCCCCCUUUUAAUGAUAAAUGAAAUUCUUGCUACAAGCACCAAAUGUUUUAAAUGUGAUGAUUCUGAGUGGAUGGACCCUUUUUAUUUAUGGGGGUUUGUUUACACAAUCAUGUCACUUCGUUUCUUUGUAUCUGGCUUUAAGGUGUUGCAUGUAUCAUUCUUUUGUAAAUAGCAGCGAAGAAAAUAAAGAUUAGUGUCAGUUAA